AUGUUCCUCAUCAUGUUUCUCUUUGUGCAUUUCCUGUUCUUCUCCUACGAAGUGGUUGGCCAGCCCGCAAUCUAUAUCCUGUUCAUACUGUGCUCUCAGGUGAUGCAGGACGCGGGCGGCAGGUCCGCGCCUGGCGGUUCUGGCGCCCCGACCUCCGCGACGGAGAAACCAGGCGGCGCCGGCAGCCUUGGGGAAUUGGUGCUGAGCUCCAGGCAGAGGGCGCUGCUGGACAGUGUGUCGGUGACGGCCCAGGAGAGUGCCUCACUGAGGCAGCACGGCUUUUUCGUCGACGUCAUCAGCCUGUCAGCCGGGGAGGCGUCACUCGCGUCUGGGCCCCCUAGUUCCGAAGCUCUAGAAUCCUGGGAGCUGGCGGUGCGAAAGGUGUACGAGCAGCACGUGCGCAGCUUGCAAGCGCAGGUGCGCUCGGCAGACGGCAAGGCCACCGAGCUGCACUUGAGCAUGCAGCAUAACCUGGGCUUGCUCAAGGAGCAGGAGGAGGCGAAGCAGACGCUCAGGGACCAGGUGAGCUCCAAACACGAGCAGCUCAAUGGCGUCCUCGAGGACAUGGCCACCACGCGGAAAAAUUACGACUCGCAGCUGGCCGUGCUGACAGAGCACAUCUGCGGGCUUUCCCAGAAGAUUUCCGAAAAGGACGAAAGUUUGGCCUCGCUGCAGACACAGAAAGUGCUCUGCGGCCACUGUGGCACGUGGAGCGUCAUGGGCAAGCUGCUCAGCCCAGAGGCGGCCGGGGUGUGCCAGACCUGCAAGGAGAAGGUACUGAGCAAGGUCUGACGUCGCCAAGCCCUUUCUGCUCGGUGGCGAGGGCAGGACAGCGGGCGGGUCCGAGACCGUUUCGAGCAUUCUUAAGCGCUCCAUCUGAAAGCGACGCCUCAGGAGGAACUCGAGUUGGGACGUCGAAGGAACAAG